AUGGGCAUGAUUAUCCCUGUUCAACCUACGAAACCAUUCUCUAAAUUUUCUCCAGAUGAAAUAUAUUCCGUUUCCUCACUUCAUGAAAAUCCUCGUGUAGCCAAUGGUCUUAUCUCACCAAGUAAAUCACUUUUUAUUGAAAUCUCAAAUUUUUCUCAUGACUCUAUCGAGGUUCAUCCUCAACAAAAACUAACCGUUAUGGAACUAUUGAUUGAACAUCAAUUGAAUAGCGUAUCAAGAUUAUCUCAUACACCUCAUCAUAUUGAAGAAGAACAAAUAUGUCUCCCUGAUUUAUCCUAUUCUGACUUAAACGAUAUUCAAAAAGCUAAACUAGUUACACUUAUUAAACAAUAUCCACAAGUUUUCACCGAGAAACUUGGUCGGACUCAUCUUGUUAAACAAGUAAUCGAACUUCAACCAGGAACACAAUCCGCAAACACUCAACCAUAUCGUCUCUCCCCAUCUAAAAAAGCUAUAGUCGAUCAACAACUAGAAGAGAUGCUCCAAGCUGGUCAUAUUACUCCUUCACAUAGUCCUUGGGCAUCUCCAAUCGUAUUAUCCCCUAAAAAAGAUGGUACACUCAGAUUUUGUGUUGAUUAUCGAAAGUUGAAUGCUAAUACAAUUCGUACAGCAUAUCCUAUGCCUCAAGUUGACGAUACCCUUGAUUCACUCAGGGAAGCAGCGUUUAUUACUCAUCGCGGCCUCUAUGAAUUUUUAGUCAUGCCUUUUGGACUGUCUAAUGCUCCUGCCACAUUUCAGAGAUUAAUGGAUCUUAUCUUAGCUGGAAUAAAAUGGCAGUCAUGUCUUGUCUAUAUAGAUGAUAUUGUCGUAUUCUCUUCCACCUUUGAACAACAUCUUAAAGAUUUAUCCUCUGUCUUUGAUCGUCUCAAAACUGCUGGACUUACUCUUAAAGCCUCAAAAUGUGAUUUUUGUAGAAAAGAAUUAAAGUACUUAGGACAUAUUAUUACUCCUGACGGUAUUAAACCUGAGCCCGGUCUAAUCGACUCCGUGAAACUUUUUCCUCAACCUACACGAUUAAAAGACAUUCAAUCAUUUUUAGGCUUAACUGGAUACUACAGAAAAUUCAUAAAAGAUUACGCUAAAAUACGUUCUCAUCAAAAAUCUAAACGUCCACCAAAUAACAUAGAAUGGUCUGUUGAGUGUACUAUAGCCUUUGAACGAUUAAAAACUGCACUUACUCAGGCUCCUAUACUUCGAGCUCCAAAUUUUAAUGAACCUUUCAUUUUGGAAACAGAUGCCUGUGAUUAUGGUCUUGGUACUGUCCUUACUCAAGAAUAUGAUAAUAAAAAAUUUGUUAUUGCUUACGCUAGCCGAACUCAAACAGCAGCUGAGAGAAAUUAUUUUCCUACAGAAAAAGAAGCUCUAGCUAUUUAUUGGGCCACCAAACAUUUUCGGCCCUAUUUAGAAGGUACAAAAAUCUAUAUUCGAUCUGAUUGUAGGGCACUACAAUGGCUUCUUGAAACAAAAGAUUCGUCUGGACGAUUAGCUCGAUGGGCAAUAAGUCUAUCAGCAUUUAACAUUACAAAUAUGACUGAACGAGUCAAUAGAAAUCUUAAACCAAUGUUAGCACAAUAUGCUCAAGAAAAUCCACAAUCAUGGGAUCAACAUCUAUCGAAACUUGCUUUUUCUAUUCGAACUUCAGUAAAUGAAACAACAGGUGAUACACUAGCAUAUCUUAAUUUUGGACGUGAUCCUAAAUUACCUCCACACCUACUCCUAACCACACCGACUCAUGAUGUACCUCUACUUCCCACAUCUCUAUCCUCAGAAAUCGAAAAUUAUAAACAACAACUUCGUCAUCAAUUACUUACAUCUCAUCAAUUUGCUCAAGAACAUAGUGAACUAGCGUGGACACUUUCUUCAAUCUUAAAUGCCACCACAGUCAAUCGUUUCUCAUUCUUACCAUCUUCCAAUGAAACUAAUCCCUCUACCAUCUCAUCAACAAUAUCCUCAUCGAAAGAAAAUUCUACUCCUGACACUUUGGCAUCACAUGUCUCACAUAUAACUGCACCAGCACAAUCAAACACAACAUUAAAACGGCAAUUAUCUCAUGAAACAAUAAUUCCACAACCACUUAUGUCAUUACAACUUGACGUUAAUGAACCACCACUUCACAAUGCUCCUGCUAAUCCAAUUCCUCUUAUGUCAUUCUAUGCUCCCCCAUGCUCAACUAAAUCCCAUCUUCAACGUAAACCACGUUUAUACAGCACAGUCUGUAGUCAAGCACCACAAGCAAACACUAAUACAAGUCAACACGUCACCAAUCAUCGCUCUGAUACAUCGUCAACAACCUUCAACACCAUCAACUCAUCAACACAACAACAGGAACGCGCAACAGUCUUCUCACCAAACCACGAUCAACCAUCUCCUGGAUUAUCAAGUGCUUUUAAUACCGAGAUGAUCGAAUUAUCAUAG